GCCGACCAGGGCAAGCUGCGGGCGGCGCUGGGGCGCGUCGCAGUCCUCGAGGCGGAACUCGCGGCUCUGCAGGUCGCCCACGAGGCGGCGGCGGCCCAGGCGCUGGCGCUGGCGGCCCAAGGCUCAGCCCAGCUUCCUAGCGAGGCGCUCCACCGCGAGAUCUCCGAGAGGCUGGCGCUGGCGGUCCCCGUCCUCCUGGAGGUGCUGGCAGGAGAGCAGGGGAGCGGGCAGGCAGCGGCGGCCGCCAGCGCUCACCGAGUUGACGACGCCCAGAGCAUGCCCCUCAGCGGCGUGCCACAGGGUGCAGGCGACGGUGCUGGCACGGUCGCGGACGAGCCUACCCAGGCUCAGGCAGGUCUGCGAAGGCGGGGCGGGUACACCUCGGAGGGCAAGCUCGGCAUGGUCGCGGCCGCGGCGCUGGUGUUCGAGCACGGGCUGCUCUUCCUCUACCUCGCUCUGAUGGCGCGUGCCGCCUGCGAGGCGGCCCCGAGCGAUUGGACGGUCGCUCGGGCCUACCGCGGGCGCAGCGCGCCGCCUGGCGCCAUCUUCGCGCUGGCCGAGCGCGCGAGGCGGGCUCCCGAGGCGAGGCCGCUGCCCUUGGCCUCGGGCCCGCGCUGGUGGAAGUGGAGCGUCGAGGACAGCGACGUAGUCGGCGUCUGCGGCGCCUCGCACGGCGCCCACUUCGACAGCAAGGAGGCGCAGAAGGCUCCCGUGGCGGCGGCGCCCAUGGGGCUCGACAAGCACAGGCAGGUGGUGUCGGUAGUGCACGCAUCGGACGACGGCUUGCUCGGCCUCGGCGGCGGCGGCGGCGACGGCAGCGCGGCGCGCAGCCCUAGCAGCGGCGGCUUCGGCGAGCACCCUGCCCAUCGGCCUUCUGAAGGUGGUGCUGUUCAUCCUCAUCGCCUCCCUGAUCCUGGUGCGGCGUGCAGCACUGCCUGCACCUCCUCUCCUGCUGCCUUCGCGGACCCCUCGAUCGUCACGGCGUACUUGCUGGCCAACGAGGCUGCCGUCCUCAGCGGAGGCAGCGAGAUGGCCGCUGGCGACAUCGACGGCGAGCUCAGCAUGCAGGUGGACGGCUCCCGCAACCAGGACGGAAACGGUGCUCUGGCCUCGGAUGCCGUGGCGCACAGCGGCUUCGACCUCUCCCCGCACCUCGGCACGGACGACGGCGUGGAGGCGGCUGGGCCCCAGCGCAACGGCGGCAGGAGCCUGGGCGACGACGCCCUCCUCACUUCGCCUCCCUCGGGUUCCUGCUCCUGCUCUGGCGGCGUGGGGAUCGAUGUGGAGGACGGCGAGGGCGGCGUCGGUGGCGGCUGUGCGCUCCACCACGGCUCGGAGACGGUGGCGCGCCAGGAGCCCGCGCGUGGGCCCAAGCGGCUCUUGGCGCUGCGCCGCCACGUCUUCGAGGGAACCGUGGCCCUCACGGUCGACCGUGACAUUCGGAGGCCGGGCUGGCAGGGCGACG